AUGGUGGGGUUUUUGCAAGAGGAGAUUUUGCCUUUGGAGAACAGGGAAAACAUGCAGACCAUGAAGAAACUGACUCAAAAUCAUAAGGCAAAAGGUUUGCCUUCCAAUGAUACUGACUCGCUCCAAGAAAAGGAGGGAAAGUCCAAAAUAUUGGUACCAGUUACAUUCAAGGAUGUUGCUGUGGUCUUCACAGAGGCAGAAUGGAAGAUGCUGAGCUCUGAGCAGAGGAGUCUAUACAAAGAAGUGAUGCUGGAGAAUUACAGGAAUCUGCUCUCAUUGGCAGAAUCAAAGCCAGGAACAGACCCCUGUUCCUCGCACCUUCUGGCCUUCUCCUGUCAGCCACGCCUCAGCCAGCAUGUGCAGCCAGUCUUCUCAUAUUUAUGUGACUUCCCUCUGGGGCGUCCGGGCCCAGGGCAUCAGGAGCCAAAGUUUUCUUCUCAAAGCUGCUGGAGUGAAAACACAGAAGGCCAAGAGAGAGAAGAUGGCUUCAGACCCUUGUUUGUGAGGACAGAGGAGAGAAAAACAUCAGGUGCAUUCCCCAGUCCACCCCAACAACAGCCUGUGAGUCCUGGAGAAGGCAACACAGUGGUAGAAAUAGAGCCCAGCUCAUCCCAAAGAGUAGGCCCUGUGCAAACAGACAAAAGAAUGAAGGAAACAGAAACCCCAGGAUCUGGAGCAGCCAGUUAUAGUGAGCAUGAACUAGGCGGUAGCCUGGAGUCAAACUUUAUUACAAAUCAGGUAAUCCUCUCGGGAGAGAAGCCCUAUAUUUGCAGGGAGUGUGGAAGAGGCUUUAAAGAUAAGUCAAACCUCAUCAGACACCAUCGGACACACUCAAUGGAGAAGCCUUAUGUGUGCAGUGAGUGUGGCCGAGGCUUUAGCCAGAAGUCUAACCUAAACAGACACUCAAGAACACAUUCAGAAGAAAAGCCUUAUUUGUGCAGGGAGUGCGGGCAGAGCUUUAGAAAUAAUUCAAUCCUCAUUAGACAUCAGCGGACUCACUCUGGGGAGAAGCCCUAUGUUUGUCAGGAGUGUGGGCAUGGCUUUGGUGAAAAGUCAUACUUUAUCAGACACCAGAGGACACACUCAGGGGAGAAGCCCUAUGUGUGCCUGGAGUGUGGACGAGGAUUUGGUGAUCAGUCAACCCUCAGAAAACACCAGAGGAUUCACUCAGGGGAGAAGCCCUAUAUUUGUCAGGAGUGUGGGCAGGGCUUCAGUGAGAAGUCAUCUGUUAUCAGACACCAGAGGACACACUCAGGGGAGAAACCCUACGUGUGCCUGGAGUGUGGACGAGGAUUUGGUGAUAGGUCAACCCUCAGAAAACACCAGAGGACACACUCAGGGGAGAAGCCUUACAUGUGUGAUGAGUGUGGCCGAGGCUUUAGCCGGAAGUCAUUUCUCCUUAUUCACCAGGGGACACACUCAGGGCAGAAGCAUAUUUGCAAGGAGUGUGGGCGAAGCUUUAGCUACAAGUCAAAUCUCAUGAGACACCAGAGGACACAUUCAGGCAUGAAGCCUUAUAUGUGCAGUGACUGUGGGCGAGGCUUUUUCGAUAAGUCGACCCUCAUCAUACAUGAAAGGACGCACUCAGGGGAGAAGCCUUAUGUGUGUGGUGAGUGUGGACGAGGUUUCAGCCGGAAAUCACUCCUCCUCAUUCACCAGAGGACACACUAGGAGAAGCAUUAUGCUUCCAGGGAGUAUGGGCGAAGCUGUAGCUACAAGUCAAAUGUCAUCAGAACCCAGAGGACACACUGA